AUGAAACGGGCUCUCUCCAAGUUCAGGCAUUCCGUGCGGCUUCCCAAGGCGUCCACACCAGAUUCAGCUGUAUCUGCGACAACGGCUAACGCAAGCCCGCCCCAAGCUAUCGUCGCCCCGAGAAGCUGGGUGCCAGACCCUGUGCUGGAAGACUCACAGACAAAGCUAGACUGCGAAUACCCCAGCUUCAAUGCGCCGCUGGAAAGUCUUCCUCCUGAAAUCCUGCGUCAGCUCCUUUCUAUAUUGAAGCUUGAAGAACUGCGUACCUUGGUGUUCACGUCUCCCGUCAUUCACCAGCAGUAUCUGCUAGAUCGCAGGUAUCUGCUCUGUAAGUGCUUGGAGACGACGUUGUGUGGCGCCGCUGUUGACGCCUAUGUUGUUUACCAGUCCAGCUCUGCCGAUUUUUCGAACUCGCGUACCCGUGAAAAGGUCGUUCAGUUCCUCAAUUCUUAUCAGGACCGACACUCUUCUGCCCAAUAUUUGAACCUCGCCGAAAUACUCACCGAAGAUGAGGCCGUGAGCAUGGUCGUAUUCUUCUCCUCUAUCAUCAAACCCCUCGCGCAACACUACUCCGCUUGGGCGUUGGCCAAUCUUUCCAGCGAGACCGGAGAUUCGUUGAGUCAUGAGCCGCUUACCAAGACGGAAGAGCAGCGGCUGAUUCGAGGGUUAUAUCGCUUUCAGCUAUCCUGCAAUCUCUUUGGCACAAACUGCCAAGGAAUCUCGCUGAAGUCGAAGCUAGGUUUCCAGCCUGUCGAUAUCCUAAAGAUCUUCAUCUGUAUAUUCGAACCUUGGGAGGUCGAGGAGAUAGCUUGCAUCUAUACCUUUGCCAAGGAGAAAUACGACCAGAUCUUCGGCACCAUCCGCUGGGAUGUGCAUGAGAAGAAUCCCAAGUUCGAGGGUCAGCGACCGCCCACUCCGGAAGGGGCUUUCGACUUCGAUAAUAGCUGGGUUAAAGACAGUCUUCUGAAGGGCACAAUCUCGUGCGGCCUCAGUCUACUGUAUACUGUCCUCUUCAAGGUCAGUGACCACGCGCACCUCGUCUCGACGAUGCAGGAGCACAUUGUGUGGCCAGCGGGCAACUUUCUCGAGGAGGCACUGGGCGAGACAGCGCAGUUCCAACGGCGCCAAGAAGGGCUGUCAAAUCGGGACCAGAAGCAGCAGCGGCACGAAUUGCUACCCUUCACGGGUGAGAAGGAUCCGGUUACGGACGAACUGCGGCCGCCACAGGCGUGGACGCUAAUUUGGAGGGGAAGCUACAGCAACCUGUACGGAUACUACGUGCAAGACAUUAUACGUCGCUGGGGAUAUGUUGUGUGGGAUGCGUCGCGACUCGAGCGGACAGGGGCGAAGGAGGUUUUAAUGCGUCAAUGGGAGGCGGAUUGGGGGGAUAGUGAUCCAAGAGAUAGUGUGCUGCAGUGA